CCCGCGAUGUCCAAGAAGCUAUCGCGGGCCGAUGCCCUCGGCAACAUCUCCGCCUGGGACACAGAGGGAGUGUUGUGCCUGUUGCGCAAGAACGGACUGGAAGAAUGUUGCAAGGCUGUGGCGAAACGGCAAAUCGACGGCGAUGAGUUGCUGCACUUGACGGAUGGGAAGCUGGCUCUCUGGAAGAGUGACCUCACGCGUCCACUGAUAGGAAAAUUAUGGUCAUUUGUGCAAGAAUUGAACAAGUCUCCAGAACUAUAUUUGCCGGAGAUUAUAGAGGUGCAACAAAACGAUGAUCAUUUGAGCGAUAGCGGUUCCUGGGGAACUGAUUUCGAAGAUGAAACAGCCGAGGAAAAGAAUUCUACCGCAAAUAUGCAAGAAAUCAUCAAACCAAGUCUAAUCAAGAAUAAGCAAGUGUUUUUACAGAAUAAUAGGAUACCAAUUAGUAGAAUACCAAUGCUACAGUCAAAGAAAAUAAUAAAACCAGAGCAGGAAGAGACUUACGCCAAUUGCAAAUCUUCUCAAGACGAGGAAGAGAAUAUGUAUGCAAAUUGUCAGGAAACGAAAUCACCGCCGAUGAGAAAUGUUUCAAGACUGCACAGUGAGUUGGAGAAGACUCUAGCUGGGAAACUUAAGUUGGAAUUGGAAGAGUUGAAGCGGAGAAACUGUCCGACAAAGAAACCUGAGAUCAGGCCAAAACCAGAGACUCUACCAUUGAAAAGAAUUCCGAUGACAGCUUCCGAUAAGAAAUCUCCGCAGAAAUCUUUUCUGUACAAUACACCAAAGAUGCACGAACGUGUUCCUAAUGAACAAAGCAAGACACAAAGAAGAAUGGGUGUGCCGCCGCCACCGGAACCCAAAAGAAACAAGGAUUACCCGUUCGUAGAAAUCAAGAAAGGAGUCGAUAAGGAGUUAUCGAAACCACCAGUCAUCUUAAGAAAUUUUGACCUUGUGGCAAAUUUACCAGCACAAACGGAAGAGAGCGAGGACGAGUACGAACCAUUCGACGAAAAUAUAAUUGAAAAGAAUGAAAUCUCGCGAGUCGAUAGCAAGCAAUCGUUACACAGCGGUCGUCAGGGAUCAGUCGAAAGCGUUUACAAGCCUCCUAGCGCUGCGAGUCACGAGGAAGAGGAGGAUUACGAGAUUUAUGAGUCUAUCACGGAAACGCCAGAGGAUAAUGAUUACUUAAGCCCCCUUCAAAGGACAAAUGAUACACAAGAACCACCUCCUUUACCGGCCAAACCAUCUCCGCCUCCACCGUCUUCAACUCUUUCCAGUAGAACCAGAUUAGAAAAAGAACGAUCACCGGAUAAAAAAUCAGCCACGUUACCUCAUGCUGGCAGUAACACUUCGCUGUCAACCGAAAGAGCCACACGGCCGCUACCACCGCCUCCUGAAAGAUCUUAUAUAGACAAGCCUUGGUUUCAUAAUAUUUCGAGGGAACAAGCAAUUAUUCUUAUCAAAGAACAAGGUACUUACAGUAAUCCGCAAGACGGAUAUUUUCUUUUGAGACCGUCGACGACAAAUCUUGGUAGUCCAUUAAUCUUGGUUCUUUGGUACAAGGAUAGGGUCUACAAUGUUCCCGUCAGAAAAAGAAUUGACAACAGAUACGCUUUGGGCUCCGCGAAAGUAAACGAGCUGUCUUUCUCAACGGUUGAAGAAAUCGUAGUGUUUCAUAUGAAGGAGGAACUCAUGCUCUACAGUGGCGGCGUACAGACCGGAAGUACUAGAUUGACUGAUACUCCACCAAAGUGAUUUUAGUCCACUAUGUUCAAUUCCACUUUAGGCAGGAAGAAAGGAUCUUCGUCGAUAAUUUCGCUGUACAUAAGAGUUAUACGCGACGUGUAUAAACACUGCCGAAUAAACAUUUUUGCUAAAUAUUUCAACAUUAUAAAGAAUACGCUGA